UCGUCGGUCUUUGAUAGCAUCUCGUUGGUGAAAUUGCCGAUCUAAAAAUGGAUACCUAAUUUUAUACAAGAGCGAGGAAAACAACAAUCAGCCGAGGAUGCUGAGGAGACGGCGUGGUAAAACGCAAAAUGCAUAAAAGGUUGACCCGAGCGACUCGGAGUGUUGGUCGCGGUUAAACGGAUUAAUUCAUUUGUGCCACCAGCCACGACGGCAGAGCAGGGGCCCGCGAGCAAUCAAGUAUGUUGAUUGAAUUACCCCGGGAACGAGGAAAACACGCCGUUGCAUCGCGCUAAUUGCAGUCGCACAAAAAAAGAAACGCAACAACGCACUUCCACAGGCAGACUUGGAGACAACGAUCGUAAACAAAGCAACAAUAAUAUUAUUCACAUACUGCAACAAUUGACGUUGAAGAUGCAGUGGCUGGCUUUGAUAAUAUGCCUCUACGCCGGAGUAGCCAGUGCACGCACGGAGGAGGAUCAGCAGACGUCGAGCACAGGUGGGGCCUCGAACUCCCUUCCAGAACAGUGUUUUUACAGACACCCGACAGAUUGUCCCGACUCUAACAGGUGUCCUUGCAAGAGGAUCACGCUCGCGAAUGUACCCGAGGGCAACGCCGCACUCUGCUGCAACACAGAUCAACAGGCUCUAGAGGAUGGCCUCUCUUGCAUAGGAUUCGCACAUUCGAACAUAAGUUACGUACACAUACGUAACGCAACCCUGGAUGUAUUUAAUGUAAGUGAAGUUCGUUGGAGGAUGCUAAAAUCUCUGGCCAUAACCGAUGGCAAAAUCAAUCGACUGAGGGGACAAUUUCGCAUGAUGACGCCAAUACAGUGUCUGAAUCUCUCGAAUAAUGAGCUACGCGAGGUAGAAAAUAAUUCGCUGACGCGUUUGGUGCAACUCACCACGUUGGAUCUGUCUUAUAAUAAACUCACUUACCUUCCAGCUUUAAAUACCAUGAACGGCCGGGAAUUCUGGUUAGACAUCUCAGGAACAAAUAUACUCUCGUGCCACGAUGUGUAUCAGUAUAUAAAUAAAACGGGUGAAAAGCAAAUCACGUUUAAUCGCGAGAAUGAAACUGUAUGUUCCUCUUUGGCAACGUGGCACUGGUUCAAUACCACGGAACAGGUGCCUCUUUCACAGGUUCUUUAUCUCAGUCUGUUGCAAACCGAAUGUCCAAAAAGCGACACUUGGCAAUGUCAAUGUGAUAUCAAGAGAUUAGACAUUAUCGAAGGCAAACCACCGACACACGCUGUAAACGUAGAUUGCAGCGGAAUACAAUUGACGGAGUUACCCGAAAAAUUACCGCAAAACACUAUAGCACUUAAUGUUUCUUAUAAUAAUAUUACGGUUAUAGAUGAUCUCAGUACUAACCCCUGUUACGAAGAUCUACGCGAGUUCUAUGCGGAUUAUAACAAUAUCUUGUCAAUAAAUAAGUUGGAGGGUUCAAAGUUUCUGGAUAAUUAUGCUAUCCUAAGUUUACGGUACAAUAAAAUUAAAUCACUGCCCACAUACAUAUUAAGUCCAAGUGCGCACAAUAAGAAUUUUAUGAGUUCAAGAAAUCUAGUUAGGCUAGGAGGUAACAAGUUGCAUUGUGACUGUAAUACUGCUAAGCAUCUAAAGGCAUGGUUACAAACGCGGAUAUUGGACUCCGACGAAGUAAUGUGCGAAAAUGUAAAAGAAAAAGUUGUAGAUCUAGAGCCGUCGAAGAUGUGCGUGUAUCCAGGGGACUGGACGGACUAUAUAUAUUACAUUAUCGCUACCGAAGUGAUACUUUUAAUAGGUUUGAUUGCCAAAGUGUCUUAUGACUACUGGGUGUUCAAAACGGCAGGAUAUCUUCCAUGGCCGGCGAAUAAAAUGCCAAAAUUGCCUUGCGACUGGCUAUUUGAGACAUAA